AUUUUUAAAUUGUAUACUUUAUAAUGAAAGUGCUUUUAAUAAUAUUUUUUUUUAUAGUUAUACAAUGUUUAUUAAUAAUAUCGAAUGCAAUACCGAAUCUUAUAAUGCCGGAAAGUUCAGAUAUAAUAUUUGAAGAAAGAUAUAAUGAUAUAUUGGACUUUUUGGUCAUUGGUGACUGGGGCUUUCAGGGAAAAGGAGUCGGUCGAAAACAUGGAAAUCAAAAAAAUGUAGCAUUUGUUAUGAAAAAAUGGGCGGAAAGAUAUAAUUCUAAAUUCAUCAUAAAUGUUGGAGAUAGUUUUUAUAAAAGCGAAAAUGAUGAUCAUCAAGGAGUUGAUUCUAUAUAUGACGAUAAAUGGAAAACAGCUUGGUUAGAUGUGUAUAAAGGUAGAUUAGCAGAAAUACCUUGGUACAGUGUAGCGGGAAAUCAUGACUGGUAUAAUAAUGUUUAUGCAGAAAUUGAGUAUAGUUUGAAUGUGAAUUCGAGAUUCUUCAUGCCAUCAUUAUUUUAUGUUCGAACAAAUAUAAUUAGUGGUAAAAAACCAACCAAAGUUGCGUGGAUACAUAUUGAUACAAAUUUAUUUUUUUAUACAUAUGAUAUGAUACCAAAUGAUCAAAUGAAAAAUAAUUUUAAUAUAUUAGGAUGGAAUAAUGAUAUAGAAGUUGAAAAUAAAUUACGAUGGAUAGAACAACAAUUAAUUGAACAACAAGAUUCAGAUUGGAUUCUUGUGGCGGGACAUCAUCCAUUAAUUGGAGCAUGCGUCAGUUUUAAUUAUAUGCCGAGAUUAGUAGAAUUAUUUGAGAGAUACGGAGUAUCUGCAUACUUUGCAGGUCAUGCUCAUGUAUUAGAAUAUCAAACUCCUAAACCAGAUUCUCCUGUUGCAUAUUUUACUUCCGGCGCAGCAAGUAGAACAAGUGAUGGUUGCAGUGGAAAAGAUUGGGGUAUGCCCGAAGGUACUUUUGGAUUUUUACAUGCUACCAUAAUAGAAAAUGAAAUGACUUUUUCAUUUGUUAAUGCAACAACUACAAAAGAUAAAAUAGUAUAUCAGGGUAAAUUGACCGCAAGAUCAACUUGGCGUCCGAAAUAAAUAUUAAGAUGGGUUUGUAUUUUUUCCUAAAUUACAUUUUAAAAAACUUUUAAUAUAAUUUUUUGUUUACUUCUUUAUUAUAAUAUUAAUUAUAGCUAGAUUUUUAAAAAUUUUUAAAACAAAAAGGAACAAAGCAAAAAUAGACUGACAUUUAAAAAAGUAAAUUAGAUAUACAUUGUUUAAAAUCAUAAGAAUGUUUGACGUUUGUUUACGCAAAUAUGACGUAAUUAUAAAAUAAUAAUAAAAUAAUAAGAAUGUGAUCUACAAGCAUUUACUGCAUUCUUAAUUUCCA